UCUCUCCUCCUCCUCCCCACUGGACACCAAGCUGCUCCGCCGGAGCCCGGCGCUAGCGCGGCCGAGAUCCCGCGCCGACCGCCGCCUCUUCCCGGCCCACCCAAGGUUCAGAGUUACACUGUCUGGGAUUUUUUAAACUGAUCUCGCUUCACUGCUAGCUUUGGCCUGCAGUUCAUGGCCGUGACUUUGCAUGUCGUUGUAAAUUUUGUUCGGUACUGAGAGUGGUACACAUUAAGAUGGCGUCUACACGAGCAAAGAAUGAAGACGACAAGGCCCUUGUCUUGUGCCAGGAAAGGAAACGUUAUGUGAGAGAAGCACUUGAUGGAAGAUGUGCACUUGCAGCUGCUCACUUUGCUUACAUUCAAUCACUGAGACACACAGGAUUUGCUCUGAGGAAAUUUGUGGAACCUGAUGUGCCAACAGAUUCUUCGCUGUACACUUCAACAUCCGCAACACCAGAGCCUCCUGCCGCUAGACAUAGAUCGGUGAACCUAUCACCAUCUGUGUCACAUCAGGCUAGUGACUCCUUCUCCCCAGCUCCUUCGCCGUUAUCUUCAGGACGUUUUCAUAUCAAUCGCAUGAAAGCUGGGAGGAACCAAGUGAGGACUGUCGAGGAGAAGGUGCCUGUUCCUGUGACGGCAACUCUGCAGACCUCAUCUUCGAUUCCCAUACAAUCUGUACAGGAUCUGGAUGAUAGUUCCACAUUUGAAGCUCCUCCAGGGACACCACCAUGGGACUACUUUGGCCUUUUUCAACCUGUUGAUAGCCAGUUAUCAUUUCAUGAUGAGAAGGAAUCUGGUCAUGAUUUUGAAAAUGCUGAUGAUAUUAGGCUCCUUCGCGAGAAGGAAGGAAUUCCAGAGCUUGAGGAGGAAUUGGAGAAGUUUCAUGCUCAUGAUGCUGAUAUUAAGCGCUCACAACAGGAGAAAACUCCAGAUGUCAAAGACGGAGACAAAUCUACUACCAGUGGAAGGGAGGAUGAUUUUGAAGAGUCAGAAGAUGAUUUUGAGAACCCAUCAUCUGAACCUCUAGUGCGUAUGUUCGCGAAUCGCAAUGAUACACCUGUUGAAAAUACUGUUACAAAUCAGUCACCUGCACAUCGUGCUUCAGAAAAGGUUGCGCUGCAUACACCUGUUGAAAAUACUGUAACAAAUCAGUCACCUGCACAUCGUACUUCAGAAAAGGUUUUGCUCCAUACACCUGUUGAAAAUACUGUAACAAAUCAGUCACCUGCACAUCUUUCUUCGGAAAAGGUUGCGCUUCAUACACCUGUUGAAAAUACUGUAACAAAUCAGUCACCUGCGCAUCUUGCUUCAGAAAAGGUUGUGCUGGAAAAUAUUGAUUCUAAAACGGAGGAGCCAAAAAUUGACAACAGGGUACUUGACAUUAGCAUGUAUGAAACUGAUGAAAGCCCCGUGACAAGCCCUGUGAAAGAAGCGUCAUCUUCAGUUGCUGCUUUUCCUAUGAACGGGAAAACCAAGGAACCUUUUCGUGAUGUUAGAAAUGGGGUGAAAGACCUGUAUACAUCCAUGAAAGAGGUUGAAAUCUUAUUUAUCAAGGCAUCUGAUUGUGGAAAAGAAGUCCCAAGGAUGCUUGAAGCCGAUAAAGUCAAUUUCCGCCCUUUGCUGCCCGAAGAAAAAGCAUAUGGAUUGAAGGCAUCAGGCUUUUUUGCAACACUCUUUGCUUGCUGCAGGGAAGAAGUUCCUGUUCCUCAGCCUCCUCCUGAGGCUGAAGUGAAGUAUCUUACCUGGCAUAGAUCAGUGUCCUCACACUCUUCAUCAUCUAGAAAUCCUCUUGGGCCAGCAUCAAAAGUUGAUGUUGAUGGUCUCACUGGAAAUAUCUUCAGUGGUGUAUACAUGAAUUCCGGCAGUCACGCUUCCACACUAGAUAGAUUGUAUGCAUGGGAGAGAAAGCUCUAUGAUGAAGUUAAGGCUAGUGGUACAAUUUGCAGGCAGUAUGAUGAGAAAUGUAGGCACCUGAGACACCAGGAAUCAAGAGGAGAAAAUCAAUUGAGUAUUGAUAAAACCCGUGCUGCUGUGAAGGAUUUGUACUCCAGAAUUUUGGUGGCCAUUCAGAGAAUUGACAUGGUUUCUAAAAACAUAGAGGAUCUAAGGGACAAAGAGCUUCAACCGCAGCUUGAAGAAUUAAUUGGAAGCUUAACUCGCAUGUGGGCAACAAUGCUCGAGUGUCACCGGCAUCAGCACGACAUUAUUAAGCUAGUAUCCAACAGUGGCAAUAUGAAGAUCUUAGUUCGGACAGAAUCACAGUUCCAAGCAACUCUUCUCCUUCAGGUCGAACUGAACACUCUAUGUUCAAACUUCCAGAGGUGGAUAGGAUCACACAGAUCUUACUUGAACAGCCUACAUUCAUGGUUACUCAAGUGUGUGAAAUCACUAAGAAAGAAGAAGAAAUCCAGAAAGAAGAAGGAUACCGAUUUUCAGAUAACAGAUUAUGCUGUUGCGCCCAUAUUUACAAUCUGUGACCAGUGGAUUAAGUUAUUGGAAAAUUUGCCAACCGAUGACUUGGAAAAAGCAAUUAAAGGUCUGGUUGCAGAUAUAAACCAUUGUGUGCCUCGCCAAGAGAAGAGGCGCGGUGGUUCAAGGUCCACCUUCUCAGUACCCCACAAUGGAGGGUGGAACGAUGAAAUGGGGGCAAACCAUAGAAAUGUUCCUCCUACGGAUUUACAGUCAAGCUUGGAGACAUUCCUAGGGACGCUUGCCGAUUUCUCGGAUGCCUCACUGCAGAAGUAUAUGGAACUGAAGGUGAACGUUGACAAGGCAAAGGAGGAUUAUGAGAAAUAUAAUUAGUAACUUAUGCGGAGGCAAAUCAGUGGUACUAAUUUCUGAAACGAAACAUCAUAACUCACUAGAGCUGGAAAAGUAAAUCGUCAGUGUGUAUAUUUGUUGGUGGAAAUAAUAGGCACAAAAUCACUACCAUCAUUUUUGUCAGUCGGGAGAUAUGUCUAGGUGGGAGAGAGUGAUAAAUAUGUAGAUUUCUGGGCUUCUGGCUAGUGUCAUGCCGCCUUAAUGGGGGAUGUAAAUGUAAGGUGUAGAUUAAACUGUAAGAUGAGGGAUAUAUAAAAUGUAUAUUUAUCGGGGGUAUAUCAAUAUAUGAAGUUACCUGUCCA